CUGCCUGUUUCAUUGGUCUGCGUAGCCGUGUAUUUUCGAGACGUGUAGGGAUCUCUGCUAACGCAAACUAAUGUCGAACGAUUGAUGUACGACCGGGACACAGCGUUUCAGACUUCACAGUCAACAGGGGAUCGUCCUAGAAUUGCAGUCCUGGGGGACGAAGGAAUGGAAGAGGCCAGCUGGAAAUCUUGGACAACAGUAUCUCCAGAGUCAUGAAGGAGUUGGAAGUAGAUUCAAGGAUUUGUCACCAGCUCACGGUGGCUCUUCGAAUCCGUCCCAUUAAUGAAUCAGAACUUGAUGAAGGAGCCAGCAGCAUAGCACACAAAAUAGAUGAUCAGAUGGUCGUUUUGAUGGAUCCAACUGAAGAUCCUGAUGACAUCUUGCGAGCUAAUAGGUCCCGAGAAAGAACAUUUAUGUUUGAUGUGGUGUUUGAUCACACAUCCACCCAGGAGGACGUUUAUUUGGCCACUACUAAGGACCUGAUUAACGGUGUUAUUUCUGGAUAUAAUGCAACGGUAUUUGCAUAUGGACCUACAGGAGCUGGCAAGACUUACACAAUGCUGGGGAUGGACUGUAAACCUGGAAUCUAUGUCCAAACUCUCAAUGAUCUUUUCAAGGCCAUCGAAGCUACAAGUGAAAACAUGGAUUAUAACGUUUCCAUGUCGUACUUGGAGAUAUACAAUGAGAUGAUCCGUGAUCUCUUGAACCCUGCCUCAGGAUUUCUGGAUUUGCGAGAAGAUUCCAAAGGGGGGAUCCAGAUAGCUGGAAUCACGGAAUUCUCAACUUGUAAUGCAAUGGAGAUCAUGCAGUUGCUCAUAAAAGGCAACAGACAACGAACACAAGAACCAACAGCUGCCAAUAAAACUUCAUCCCGCUCCCAUGCAGUGCUGCAGGUUAUUGUUAAACAAAAGAGUCGGCUAAAAAACAUUACAGAAGAGAUCCGAAUUGGCCGUCUCUUUAUGAUUGACCUUGCUGGCUCUGAGAGAGCAUCUCAGACUCAGAACACAGGCAAGAGGAUGAAGGAAGGAGCCCACAUUAAUCGGUCCCUGUUGGCCCUGGGCAACUGUAUCAAUGCACUGAGUGAAAAAGGAGCAAAUCGAUCCCAAUAUGUCAACUACAGAGACAGCAAAUUGACCCGGCUUCUGAAGGACUCAUUGGGUGGAAACAGCAGAACAGUAAUGAUUGCUCACAUCAGUCCUGCCAGUGCUUCGUUUGAGGAAUCCAGGAAUACACUGAUGUAUGCUGACCGUGCAAAGAACAUUAAAACAAGGGUGAAACGAAACCUGCUCAACAUCUCGUACCACAUUACGCAGUACACCAACAUUAUAGCUGAUCUGAGGAAAGAGAUUGAGCAGUUGAAGUUGAAGAUUGAAGAACAGGGGCCAGAACGGAAAAAAUCUGAGAAGGCCAAUAUAAGGGACAUCCAAGCUGAGGUACAACAACAUUCAGUGCAAUAUAACCGAGAAGAGUUGGACCGACUGAGGGACCAAUUAAUGAUUGCAUUUCGGCAACAGAUGGAGAUUCGUCGCAGCCUCGUGGAACUUGAAAACACCAACAUGGAGCUUCACAUUGAUACUUCCAGACAUUUACUAACCGUAGCUGAUUGGGAAAGGGAAAAAGCAAAACGUGCUCGGAAGUGGUGGGAAGAGAAAUGGAGUGAGAAGGAUAAUAAAGAGGAAGAGGAUGAUGAGAGGGAAGUUGCAGCAGCAGAUGAGCUGGACAUGACUGAACCAUUGGAGGUUGCUAUGGCACGAGAGGAAAUUGGCAUGCUCCAAACUGAGCAAAGAAAAACGGCAGCACUCAAGUGUGAGUUGGAACAGAAGUUGAUAGACACGAAAGCCAAAGUCAUAAAGCUGGAGGACUUACUGCCAAAGUGGAUUAAUAACCAGGAUCAACAAGAGAUCAUCAGUUUGCUCUGUAGAGUUCAUGAGCUGGAGGUGGAGAACACAGAGAUCCAGUCUGUUAUGCUGCGAAAAGAAAACAUGCUACAACAAAAAGACUUUGUCAUCCAGCAUUAUGAGCAACACCGAGCCCUCUGUGAUGAGAUCAUACACCAGCAGCGACAACUGAUUGAGGAUCACAACAUCCAAAUUCCACAGCACCUGCAUAACCUCUACAACAUGUAUUCGCAAGAGACGGAAGAGGGGACACUAGACAGCCUGAUCACCCUCCACAACAUCACCUCCAACACAUUGAGGGAUCCUCCUCUUCUGAAUGUUGCCCGACAGCUGAACUUAGAAGAUUAUGUGUUGGCGCUGGAAGGAGGUAAAGAGGAUAUAAGACCAAGGACAGUUCAUGAGAACAGGAAACUACUUCAUGCUCGAGUCAAAGACUCUCUUCCUCCAAUCCUCCCUGAUCAUGACAGUGAUAACAAUAAGGUGUUUAAAGUCACUGCUCAGUCAAGGUACAUGAAACCAUUGCCAACUCUAACUCCACCUCCCAUCCGUCUGGCUGGACCUCUGUUGUUGCAGAAACAGAGUCUGAUCAGCUUGAAAGAACAAACCCACAGUAGGCAGUCCAGCACACCAUCUGAAGCAGGUAGCAGUAAAUCAGAAUUCCAUAUUGUGGACACACAGCAAAGCCCAGGGAAGCUCCAAGAGAUUGUCACGGGGACAAAGAGCAUCGCUGUCAUUGCAGCUAAGCGGCGAUCACAAGCAAAUGUGGCUGACUUGACGCUGGUACCCACAAGAGAAAAGGAAAGGACCAUGCUGUCCACUUACUCAGCAGAGGAGACCGAGGAGAACCCAGUUCCAGUAGAUGCAAAGACUAGCAUACUAAACACUGAGUUGAGGUCGGUAGUCAACUUUGAUCAUCUCAUGGUCGAGAUGGGAGUGAACACCUUCAGGAACAAGCAAGAGUACAGUAGUCCCCCAACCCCGUCCCCAUCUGAGUCUUGCACCAAAAUAAAAGGACUGAGAAAGACCAAACAAAUGGAAGAUUCCACCGAGAGAAAUGCAAGGAAGAAUCAAUCCCAAUCCUUCGAAGUGAAUUCCCAGGGGCUUCCCAAGCUCAGACCAAGCUUCUCACGGCCUCACAAUCUCAAAAGCAUUUCUGACCAUAGGUUUUCUGUUGCUCCACGCCUUUUCCAGAAUUCCAACCUCAAUCUGCAGCCAAAGGUUAUACCAGCAACAAUUGCCAAUCUUCCAAAUGCCAAUAGAUUUGUGGAUGAAAUCAACAGUGUUACUGCAGAGAAACUGAUCUACAGCUAUGCGAUGGAAAUGAUACAGUCAGCUGCACUUGAUGAAAUGUUUCAGCAAACAGAGGACAUCACAUAA